AUGUGCACUCGCAGCCCAGAAAACAACCGUGUCCUGGGAUGGAUCAAAAGAAAUUUGGUCAGCUGGGCGAAGGAAGUGAUUCUGCCUCUCUGUUCUGCCCUGAUUGUGACUACCGUCCUCCUUGGACUCCUGCUGACUCCAGCCCUUGCUGAUUACAAUUCGGAUACUGAAGGUAAUCAGCACUCGAAUGGAAAUGACCAAAACAUAAACGAGUUCUUCCAAAAGACUCCAAUCAUGACAAAGCAAGUCAGUGUUGCUGGAGGCCUCCAAACUCUGACCAUCGAUAGGCAACGGCGCAUUGCAACUGUCCAGCAAGAGGGCAGCCAGGGGUCAUGGAAAACUAUGUGGAACUACAAUUCGGGUGCAGUUGCAACCAAAGUGCUGCCACAGAGAGCCUGCUACAUUUCCAAGGUGGACAGAAAGCAGCUGCCUAGCUUUGAUGAACUUCCUGCACUGGCUGAUGAGAGCAUGAGCCUGAAAGGUCAAAGACAACCUUCAAAAAAGCUCACAUUCGUCACUGAGAGACGCAUCCGUGACCUCAGGUCUUAUGGACAAGACAUCGUUGAUCUGUGCAGAGGACUCCCCACCUACAAUGCUUAUGUAGUGUACGGAACCCCGUAUCAAUACAAUCAAGAAGCAUGUGAUACACUUGGUGUCCUGGAAAUUCUGGGCCUCCAGUACUGCCAUCAGUAUGAGCAGGGUUUGAAUAGCGGCCCCCCGUAA